UGACGGGGAAGAUCAAGAACGCAGCAAAAUAUCCUGUUCCGUGGGCAACUCUGACAUUUCCUCCGUGUUUAUGCCGAGAGAGACAUUCUGAGACUUAAGGGUUAUCCAGUGUGUUAUGUAGUACUUUCACAGUGGGUUUCUCACAUGUCCCUUCCUCAAAUAACUCGAAGAGGUUCAAGAGUUCCACUGCUUGCACUGGUGCAGAGUAUUUUCUAGGUCUUCUGUGUUUGUCACCCUGUUCCAGAACUGGAACAAUGGACUAAGAGUUGAAAAGUUGCAGAUUCUAUGUGUGGAAGGUAUUGGGUUAAUGUUUAAUUGUACAGAUGGAUCCAAAUGUGCCUUUCAGUGGACAGCAACCUGACGUUUUCCAGGCAUCAUCUGGUGCUUCAGCUGGGAUCUUUCCAGUACAGCCACCGUUCCAGUGUGGUCAGCUCUCUCUCUUUGGGCAGAAUAGUGGAGGACAGUUAAAGAAUUCAGGGUUUACACACCUGCCAGUAACCUCAGCACUGUGUUUUUCUGCAGGGCAAAGUCUGAUAUUUGGGCAUGGACCGGGAUUUACACAGUCGUAUUCUCUUGGACAGACUACAUCCUUUGUGACUUCUGCACCAACCAGCUCUUCUGUUCCCAGCAAUAAGGCUUUCUGUUUUAAGCCACCUACAAAUCUUGGGACUUCUCAGAAUACUUCUAGCUUUGUAGAUGUAACUGGAGAAGCUUCAAGCUUUGUGAGACCAGACUUCAGCUUCAAAACUCCUGAGAGUGCAAUGUUCAAGCCUAUCUUUGGCAGUAGUUCAGAACAAGAGAAAACAAAUCCACCAAUCCCAGCUCCAUUCGCGUUUUCUUUCCCAGGAAGUAGUGGGCCUGGAAGACUAGCCCCCUUUGGACUUUCUCAAGAGAACAGUAGCUCUGUUAGUCCAAGCUUCAGCUUUUCAAAACCAAUAAGCAGUAGUACUUUCACUUCUUCAUUUAGUCCUCCUUUACUGAGCAAGACCACAGAGGAUGAUACAAAAAGAUCUAUGGUUCUUUUUGGGAGUUCUAGUAGUAGCUUUACCUCUCUUUCAAACUCAUCUUCUGGAUCUGUACCUUUGGGUGACACUUUCCAGAUUAAUAAAACAAGCAAACUAGAAAAUGAAGAAUUGCAAACUCCAAGUGCACCACUUGUUAACUUUGGAAAGGGAACAAAGAGAAAAGAAGAACAAGAGCAUUCUUCAAGACAACAUGAUUAUGAUGCUGUUGAUGAGCCAGAGCUGUCAAGGAGUGAACAUUCUUCUAAUAAGCGACCUGUCAGGCUGAAUCGGCCGCCCACACGAGGCCUGUUUGGCAGAACAUUGCUGGAUGUGCUGAAAAGCAAUAAGAAAGAGUCCAAAAUGGAAAGAGUUUCUUUGGAAUCUGGAGAAAUUGAGCAGACGAUUGUGGCAGGAGGAAGCCACUCUGGUUAUGCAAUGUCUAAGCCAGGAGCAGCAUUGAGAAAUGAUGAGAGUAAGGCAAAAUUGAAGGAAGAUGCUGCCAUUUCAAACCCUUUGCAUCGAAAUCGGAACAGUGGGCACACAGAGAGCCUUGGAAAUUUGCCGUCAAGUGAACUAACAGCUUUCCAGUGCAAAAAUAUUCCUGACUUUCUAAAUGACAGAAGUGUUCUUGAAAAACAUUUUAAGAAGUCUGUUAAAAUUCAACGUAUCCGUACCAACCGCAACAAAAAGCUGGCUAUUAUACACUGUUUUGAUCAUGCAUCUGCUGCAUUGGCUAGAAAGAAAGCAAAAGACCUACAUAAAGAGAUAGUGACAUUUUGGCAUAAGAAGAAACCAAGUCCAAAUAAGAAAGACUAUUCGUCUAAGGAACAGAAAGCCGAUGAAAGUGAUGGGAGGCAAAGCAAUGACCUGCCGAGUCAUCAACAUCCUCCCCAUGGUAAAUCUUUAAUCCGUUCCAGUGGUAGUGGAAACAUUUCAAAUAAGAGUUCUCUAGCUAAGAAGUCUGGCCUUAAAAAGUCUCUUCAGUUCGAAGCAUUAACCUUUGAUUCUGGACCUGAAGGACAUUGUUCAGAGAACUUAGAAUUGCCAACAUCCAGUUUGAACAACCUCAUAGGCAUGGUGGCAGAAACAUCUGAAGACAAAUAUCGCCUUUUAGACCAGAGAGAUAAGAUCAUGAGGCAAGCGCGAGUAAAACAAAUAGAUCUUGGCAAAGCUAAAACCUUUGUUGGCACAUGUCCAGACAUGUGUCCAGAAAAAGAACGUUACAUGAGAGAGACAAGAAAACAACUUAGUUUCUUUGAAGUGCUACCAGGAACUGACAAGGUUGACCAUACAGCAGCAAUUAAGGAAUACAGUAGAUCUUCAGCAGACCAAGAAGAACCUUUACCACAUGAACUGAGACCUUCUGAGGUGUUGAAUAUGACCAUGGACUAUUUAGUAACUCAAAUCAUGGAUAAAGGAGAAGGGUGCUACCGAGAGUGGUACGAUUUUGUAUGGAAUAGAACUCGUGGGAUAAGAAAGGAUAUAACGCAGCAACAUCUCUGCUGUCCUCUGACGGUUUCCUUGAUUGAGAAAUGUACCCGUUUUCAUAUCCACUGUUCUCACCAUUUAUGUGAGGAGCCUAUGUCAUCUUUUGAUGCAAAAAUCAACAAUGAGAACAUGACUAAAUGCCUACAGAGCUUGAAGGAAAUGUAUCAGGACCUUUCAAACAAGGGUAUUUACUGCAAGAAUGAAGCAGAAUUCAGGGGAUAUAAUGUUCUUCUGAACCUUAACAAGGGUGAUAUUCUCAGAGAAGUGCAACAGUUUCGUCAAGCCGUCCGGAACUCCACUGAAGUUAGAUUCGCUGUUCAAGCCUUUGCUGCAUUAAACAGCAAUAAUUUUGUCCGAUUUUUCAAACUUGUGCAGACAGCAUCUUACCUGAAUGCUUGCUUGCUACAUUGUUAUUUUAGUCAGAUUCGUAGAGAUGCUCUAAAGUCUCUGACUAUUGCUUAUACUGUUAAUGCUCAAAGAUCAACCAUAUUUCCACUAGACAAUGUGGUCCGCAUGUUACUAUUCAGGGACUGUGAAGAUGCAACUGAUUUCAUAAGCUAUUAUGGUUUGAGUGUGUCUGAUGGGUUUGUGGAGCUGAAUCGGUCUGCAUUUUUGGAGCCAGAAAGCUUGCGAAAGCCAAAGAAAUCACUGUUUGUUGGGCAGAAGUUAACUGUGUCAGUUGGGGAAAUUGUCAAUGGGGGACCUCUCCUGUCUGUGACUCGCCACGUACCUGUGUGUAGCUUUAAUGCACAAAACAAAUACACCGGGGAGAAUGCUGCAGUGGAGUCAGCCAUCAGUACUCAGAAAGUCACUGCUGAUAUAACAGAACCAAAAGCAGAAGAGAGUGUAGACUCAGAAGCACUUCCAGAUCCAUCUUCAUCAUUGCUGUCACAACUCCCACCAGCACCGUUCCCUUCUACUGCAGGGUCCACCUUCCGGUCUAACACACAACUUUUGCCUCCCCUUUCAAAACCUCAGCAUGUUUACAGUGAGAAGGAUGUUGCAGAAGUGGUUGAAGAUCUUGUGGAGGAUGUGCUGGAAGGAGAAUGCAGAGAAAUCAGCAAUGCAGGUGCAGCCUAUGUUCAGUCAGCAAUAUGGCUAUCUGAUGCCGCUGCAGAUGAGCUCAUGGCAGAAGUGAUGGUCGGCAUUUUGAAGGAAACUGCAUCUGUUGUAAUCAAUGCAGAAAAAGAAAGAUUUGAAGAGCAAAAACGUCAGGUUGAAGAAGAGAGGAAGAAACAAGAAAAACAAAACUUAGUAAAAAGGUUGAGUGAAUCUCUGGGUGAAGAAUUGAAAGAAGUAGUAGUAAAGGAAAUGAUGAAAGAGAUUUCAGUGCAAGAGCUAAAGUGUGCUGUGGAGAAGGAUCAAAAAGCACGCAUUGCUCGUUGUUCAAAGGAAAUCUGUGCUGACAUAAUGGAUGCAUUUCUGGAAGAUGAGAUUUUCCAGAUUGCUAAGGAGACCCUGCAGGAACUCCAGUGCUUCUGCAAAUACUUAAAACGAUGGAGGGAAGCUGUUACAGCCCGAAAGAAAUUGAUGCGUCAGAUGAGAGCAUUCCCAGCAGCUCCAUGUUUUGUAGACCCAAAAGACAAGCUGAAAGCACUGUCACCUAGUGCAGAGUGCCCUAUCACUAGAAAGCAUCUUGCUAAAAGGAUUGUAAACUUGGGACAUGCGGGGAGACUUGGCACAUCCUGCCUUAGGCUGCAGUGGUUGCGGAACAAGACAAUCCACCAAAUGAAAGUACAGCAUUUUUAUCAGCAGUUAUUAUGGGAUGCAUUAUGGACUCCACUGGAUCUGCCAUCAUUGGUUGCGGAAAACAUUCCCAUGAAACAAGAAAAGGUCUUUUGGAAAACACUUUUGGUGUUGCCGGAUUAUGAGGAAUAUCAAUUUGACUCUCCCAGCAGAAUUCUAGCAGAUUGGGUGAAAGCUAAAUUUAUAAUUGAUAAAAAUUCGAAGGAGUCUACAUCCCUGGCGACCAGUGGAAUUCAGACACUAGCUCUGCAUACUUCUCUUCAUAUGCAAGGAAAUCAUCAUGUUUGUGUUAAUAUAUGUGUAAAGGUGACUCAUGGGACUCUUAGCACCACUGAGCUCAAUGACACAGAGACUCAUAAAGAGUUGCUUGGAACUAGUGGGCUUAUUCUGCUGCUGUCUCCUCGAGUGAGUACUGAAGAUGAGGUGGAGGAAGACAUUUAUUGGAUUUCAGCCUUGCUUCAACUGAAACAGCUCCUUCAGGCAAAACCUUUCCAGCCAGUAGUACCUCUGGUGGUGCUUGUCCCAAGUCACGGAGAGGAGGGCAUGGAAAAGGAAGUAGCAAAAGGGUUGAUGCUACCAGAUUUGAUUUCAGCUAACCUUAUCUCAGACUACAAAAUUGUUGAAAUGCCAGAUUCUUUGAGUGAUUUGCAAGGUACCAGCAAGCUAUCAGAAGCAGUACAGUGGCUGGUUGCUAACUGCCCAAGCUCUGUCAAGCUUGGCUUCCAGACAUUUAUGCAGUUCAUUGAAGAUGGCCUUGACCGUGAAUUCAACCAGCAGUUCUACAAAGACAAGAAAGAGAGACACAUGGCUGGUUUGCCAUCCCAAGAUCCUAGUGCCAUAAUAGAGCUAUAUAACAGCGUAGUUCAGUUCUUGGCUGAAGUUGCCUCUUCAGAAGAUCUUUGUGAACUUUCUUGGCCUGUAACUGAAUUUGUAGAAGAUGGAGGCAGCAAACACCUUCCCCAUCUCAAGUGGAAUGCACCGAACCAUCUGGCUUGGCUGAAGAAAGCACUGCUUUCCUUCCAGAUCCCACAGAUGGAUCUGCCUCCUUUGGGUGCUCCCUGGAGCCCAGUAUGUGCCAUGAUUUUCCAGUAUUUGUCCCAGACUGCCAGUUCACUUCAGACACAGGAGAUACUACAGUCCCAGAUAGAGAAUUUGUUGAGCCAAACCUACUUGAAGUGGAAGGGCAGAAACUGUGUCAGCUUUAGAGAAGAUGGCCCUUCUGUGAAGGAGAUCCCUUGGGAUAGUAUCCUGGAAGUCUGCAUUAAUCAUAAAUUGAGAGACUGGAAACCACCUCAGUUAUCAGUAUCACCAGAAGCAGUAAGUAAAGAUGGACAGAUAUAUGUAUAUUUUUUAAAGGACCAUUUGAAAAAAUUUACUUGUCCUUUUUUAUGGGAAGAAGCCAGAUUAAGAACUCAGAAAGAAAUCCAUCAGAAUCAAGGAAGGUCCAAGAUAAAGACAACAUCUUUUGGGAAGCUAUAUUCCCCUUCCCUGUCUUCAGCUGAUUAUUGUGACAAGAAGGGAACUGUAGGAAACAGGGAACAAAGUAUUUCCAGAGGAACAGAUCUAACAAUGGCUGUUUCAGAAACAGAUCUUCUCCCCACGAGUCUAUCUAGCAAGCUGCAGCUAGAGAAAAUGGAGAAUAGGAGAUUUGAUGAACAGCUACAACAGUUAUUAGUUAAAGAUGCUGAGAUAUUCCCGGAUUCCCUGUCUUUUCCUGCUUACCUCCCUGAAACUCUGGUGUCUGUGCCUCAGAUUAUCCAUCCACUGGCCAAAACAAAGACAUCAAGAAGCCCAGAGGCUGGAAACACCUUUGAAUUGAAGGACACAGACACCUCUAUACCUAUCGGACUUGCAUACUUGAAACAGCUGAUCAAAGCUAAUAGAGAAGAAGAAAUUGCUUGUGAAUUCCACUUGUCAACAUUGCUAGACAUGAUAGAUACUUAAUUGAAGGUUGGCCUAAAUUUCUGGGGUGAGGGAGUUCACAAUACCUGACAAACAUUUAGAAGUCUGAGUGACAGCAAAGGCUUUUGUAAAUUAAUCUUUCUAUGUAUCUGUUGCGUGAUGCUUAUAUGAGAGUAUCUUAUACUGUUGAAUUGCUCCUCAGCUUCUGCAUUCUCAUUUUAUUUUGACUGCUUUCUUACACUUUUUACACUUACAGAAGAGUAAAUCCCAUGAACUCAGUAGAACAUACCUCCAAGUAAGCCUGUUUAUGCUUAAGCUUUCGGUCUUUGUACUGUAUUGCAUACCUCCAAAGAACCUUCUGUUUGUGCUUUAGCAUGAAAUAAAUCACCUGGGCCCUGGACAAUAUUUUCUUUUAUUACUCUCCUAUACAGGAUGGGGGUCAUGAGCCUUAUCUCCCCAUCUGUUUGGGAUGUCUGCCCCACUUCCAGUAACACCAGCUGUUCAGCUGCAGAUGUAACAUCGCACUGGGUCCUACAUACUAUAGAUUUGGAUCACAUAAUUAAUUUCCAGAUUUUAUCUGGUGCGUCAGCUGCAUGAAAUGGGUGCUGCUAUAUACAUCACAUUGUAUGGCCAUAUAUUAUGUUCCCACUUGAAUAACCAGUGGUGUUGGACACAGGGCAGAGAUACUGUUGGAUGGGGAGGUAAGGUGCACUGUCUCCGAUGCAUCCUGCCUACCAGUGAGAAGGUGAAGUAUUUCCCAAUCUGGCUACUGGAUUUGCUUUGCUGCUGCUUUGCAAACAACACAUGGCUUCACUUUUGCCUAUGUUCGUUCUAGCCAUGGAUGGUUGUACGUGCCCCUGACUGCAGUGUUUGCAUUCGCAGGAUACCUGUGCCUCUAACAGAAAAGUUUCCGGUAUUGUCAUUUUCAUUAAUGAAUGAAACUAGAAGAACCCAGGAAGAUUUUGCAUUAAGAUGAAAGCGUUAUUCUUAGCGAUUUUAAACAAGCAGUUAGAGACUGUGUGUUUAUCUCAAACAAUCACAAACACACAGAGACACACCCCUUAUUGGGGAUAACAUGGUCACAUUUGCUUGAAGUGUUUGAAUGUUAGGAAUUCAACUUAACAUCACUAAGAAAUUAUAGAGUAGGUAUUGCAUUCCAAAGUAUUUUCCUCUUGAGUAAAAAUUGUUAGCAUAACAACACUGUAGACAUCUUUAUCAAGAAGAGCACUAUGGCCUCCUGAUGGAAAUAAAGCAUAUAAAUGAAUAUAGAAACACAGAACAUAAAAUCGGCAAUAGCUUCCUUGCGCAAAAAACAGAAACUUGAUACUAUAUUUUUCCCCAAAAUGAAUUCAUAGUAUUUUUCCCAAUAUAUACUAUUUUAUUGAAUUCUUCCCUUUUUAGUUAAAUUUCAUGUGUGAUUUUGAUAUUGCUAUUUAUACUGUGGCAGGCAAACAUGACCAGGGCCCUGAUGGGGUUGUUUUUUUGGGUUUUUUUUUGGGGGGGGGGGGGUUGGUCUUAAUGGAUAUAGUAUAUACUUUUAUGUUCUGUGGCUGGUGAUGUAAAAUAAAAAAUUUAACCACUUUUGAAACUUU